AUGACCAAAACAAAUUAUACUUUGGUGACUGAGUUCAUCCUGCUGGGAUUAGUAGACACUCUGGAACUAGAGAUUAUCCUGUUUUUGCUCUUUUUUGUGAUUUACACUCUGACAGUUUUGGGGAAUGUUGGGAUGAUCCUCUUAAUCAGGGCUGAUUCCAGACUUCACACACCCAUGUAUUUCUUCCUGGCUAACCUGUCCUUUGUGGACGUUUGCUAUUCGUCCACCAUCACUCCAAAGAUGCUAGUGGACUUGUUGUCAGAAGAGAAAACCAUCUCCUUUGCUGGCUGCUUUCUGCAGAUGUACUUCUUUAUCACCUUGGCCACAACCGAAUGCCUCCUCUUUGGGUUAAUGGCCUAUGACCGUUAUGUGGCCAUAUGCAACCCUCUGCUUUACCCCUUGGUCAUGUCCAGGACAGUCUGCCUUAAAAUGGCAGCAGGAGCUUUUACAGCGGGACUCUUGAACUCCAUGGUGAACACAAGUUAUGUAAGCAGCCUGCCAUUCUGCAGUUCCAAUGUCAUCCACCACUUCUUCUGUGACAGCCCUCCACUUUUUAAGCUCUCAUGCUCUGACACACGCCUGAAAGAAAGUAUGACCCAAAGAAAUUAUACUUUGGUGACUGAGUUCAUCCUGCUGGGAUUAGUAGACACUCUGGAACUAGAGAUUAUCCUGUUUUCGCUCUUUUUUGUGAUUUACACUCUGACAGUUUUGGGGAAUGUUGGGAUGAUCCUCUUAAUCAGGGCUGAUUCUCGACUUCACACACCCAUGUAUUUCUUCCUGGCUAACCUGUCCUUUGUGGACGUUUGUUAUUCGUCCACCAUCACCCCAAAGAUGCUGGUGGACUUACUGUCAGAAGAGAAAACCAUCUCCUUUGCUGGCUGCUUUCUGCAGAUGUACUUUUUUAUCGCCUUUGCCACAGUUGAAUGCAUCCUCUUUGGGUUAAUGGCCUAUGACCGUUAUGUGGCCAUAUGCAACCCUCUGCUUUACCCCUUGGUCAUGUCCAGGACAGUCUGCCUUAAAAUGGGAGCAGGCGCUUUUACAGCCGGACUCUUGAACUCCAUGGUGAACACAAGUUACAUAAGCAGCCUGCCAUUCUGCAGUUCCAAUGUCAUCCACCACUUCUUCUGUGACAACCCUCCAAUUUUUAAACUCUCAUGUUCUGACACACGCCUGAACGAAAGUAUCCUUUCCACUUUUGCUGGAGUGAAUAUGGUUGGAACUCUGCUGGUGAUCCUCACUUCCUACACUUACAUUCUCUCCUCCAUUUUUCGUAUGCAUUCAGGGGAGGGGAGGCACAAAGCUUUCUCCACCUGUGCCUCUCACCUGACAGCUAUUAUUCUGUUCUAUUCCACCGCCAUCUAUAUUUAUCUGAGACCUAGUUCUAGCUACUCCCUGAUCAGGACAAAGUGGCUUCUGUGUUCUACACAGUGGUGA